AUUUCAUUUGUUAUUGAAGACACUGAAGACCUAUGUCAUCUUUUCUAUUUAUUAUACCUGAAAUCCAGUUACCAGUCCUAUAUGGGGACUCUGAUUGCUCCUCAGUGGGUGAUAACGGCAGCACACUGCUUCUUACCAGAUCUCCAGGUCAUCUUAACUGGUGGAGCCAACAGUUUUCAAGACUUUAUUGGGGAGAUUCUGCCUUAUGAGAAGAUCAUCAUUCACCCAAACUUCACUGUCACUUCUCCUAAAAAUGAUCUUAUGCUGAUAAAGUUGUCUAUACCCCUCACCUUCUUCUCCACCAGCAUUUUUCAGUUGCCUAGUGCCAAGAUAAAGGAAUUUCCAGAUUGCUUGAUUUACACCUGGGUAGAGAAUAAAGAAUCUGUUGGAAAUCCAGGCAGUAACCUGCACAGCAUUAUGAAUGAAUUGAACACUGAUUCAAUCUGCAAAGCUUUACUGGGUGAAAAGUUCCUUGAAGACAUGUUCUGUAUGGGAUGCAUAGGAAUAAGCAGAGAUAAAUGCCAGGAAUAUAAGUCCCAUGAGGGCAAGAAUUUUUACCUUUUUGUUUGUUGUUGCAUAACCAGCUCCUGGAAGAGUGCUUGGCACAUUGUAGGAGCUUAA